UAUAAAUAUGUCUGCUAGCUGGUAGAAUAAAUCCAUUCUGUCAGCAUUGGAGAAGGUGACACAAAGAUCCAGACAGCAGGUGUCAUGAGCUCCAUGCAGUCAAACUCUUCUGCAAAUGUGACCUUUGUUCGUCCUGCAACAUUUUUUCUCAGUGGCCUUUCUAAUGUUCCACAUGCAAAAUACUACUAUGUGUUCUUGUCUUUAGUGUAUGUUGUGACUGUUUUGGGGAAUUCAUUCAUCAUGUAUAUCAUUUAUUUGGCCCGCAGACUUCACACAGCCAAAUACAUUGCUGUUUUCCAUCUGGCCUUUUCUGAUCUGUGUGGAAGCUCGGCUUUGAUUCCAAAAGUCAUUGACACAUUUUUGUUUGAUCACCAGGACAUUUCAUAUGAAGCAUGCAUGGCCAAUAUGUUUUUUGUGCUUCAUUUCAUGAAUAUGCAGUCUUUAACAUUACUUGCUUUGGCUUAUGACAGACUUAUUGCUAUUUGUUUUCCUCUACGAUAUCAUGCCAUUAUAAACAAAUCAGCAAUGUUUCUGAUCAUCGGAGUGAUGUGGAUUUUUUCUGCUACAUUUUUUUCAGUAGUAGUUGGUUCGGUCAGCAGAAUCUCUUUUUGUAUAUCUAAUGUAAUUGAUACAUACUACUGUGAUUUUGCCCCGGUCUUUAGACUAGCUUGUAAUGAUAAUUCUAUGCCUAUUUUGAUGGGAAAAUUGUGCUUUGGCAUUCUGAUUUGCAUGCCUCCAAUACUCAUAUUUGUCUCAUAUUUCUGCAUUUCUCUGGCUCUUCUUAAGAUUGCUCGUGGUGUUGACAGAAACAAAGCCAUCAAAACAUGCACCUCACAUCUCAUGUUGGUGGCAAUUUUUUACCUCCCAAUUUUAAGCAAUAAUAUUGCAUAUGCAACCACAUACAUAAAUCCAAAUGCCCGGUUAAUUAAUAAUUCUCUGACCCAGACAAUACCACCCAUGCUGAAUCCCAUCAUAUACACUCUGAAGACAGACGAGGUCAUGCAGUCCAUUAAAGAACUAUACAAACGCAGCAGGGUUUAUGCUACUAUGGAACAAAAUAGGAAAUGCCAUGGAAGAAAAUUAAAUGAUUUCAAGGUAUUUGGAGCAUUGGAUUUCAAAUGUUAGCUGUCUUCCAUUAUCUGAUUUAUCCCCUCUUUCUUUUUGUAUAUGUAAAUCUGUUAUAAUUUAUAUAGCCUUUUAUGAACGUUUUACAAAUUAACCAGAAUAUUUUCACAUGUCAAGGUGAAAAACAGUUUUGUGAAGAAGCUUUUUCUCUGACCUGUGAUUUAACUGAAACACAAUUUUUGUAUGUUAUGGGAUAUAUAUAUAUACGCGACACAUUUAAGUUUGUUUGUGUACAAUUGAUAUUUUUAUGAACCCCUGUUGUUGAUGUGUAGAUUUUUUUAACUACAAGUAAAGUGCUUUUGCUUAUGGGACCCUUUACAUUUUAUAAUGAUGGCUUAACACCUAAUUUUACAUGUUGCAUGUGCAAAAUUAUUCCCAUAAUAAUAAUGAUUAUUUGAAAUGAUUUAGCUAUAUGUUUCAUUGUGCAUUUGAUAGAAACAAUUUACUAUUCAUAAGAUAGUAUUCAUAAGCAAAAAUUGAGAAGUAAAUUUAGUGAAAAGAAGAACUUUGCAAGUGACCAUAUAGGCUGAUCAUAUAGCCUUUUCUAUUUUUUUUAUCCCCUAAUUGACAUGCAUGAGAUAGGCCUAAUGUGUUAACUGUGUUUUUCAUUUAGGCAUGAUUUAUCUGAUGAUAAGAAGUCAUUCUCUAUAGCUUAUUUUGUACUGAGUCAUAUAACGGCAAUUUUAUGGACAUAAUGUGUAUUUUUAAAUGGUUGCCAGUAAUAAUUUCAUGAAUAUAUUGUAUUCAAAUUAUUAAUAGGAAUCAUCAGUUCAAUUUUAAAACUUUAUGACAUUAACUAUGUUUAUCUCAUCAAAGAGCUGUCAUGAUAAUCAUUUAUGAUAUAUCAAUAAAACUAAUUAUUCAUUCAUUCA